AUGGCAAGCACAGCAAAGGCCGUCGCCUUUUCGCCGGCUCCCUACCACAUCAUCACGCAAGCACCCCGCUAUGGAACUCUCCUGGGAACCACCUUCUUCCAUUCAUUCAUAAAUGGCAUCGUUAUGUUCAAGGCCGUCGACCGGGCCAGCUUCUCCGCCAUCCAGCAGAAGCUCUUCCCUAUCUACUUCGGCCUUCAGACUGUCUUGCCUGGUGUUCUGGCUUUGACAUUUCCCGGAAAUACUCUCAUUGGCUUGUCAAAUGGUCCUGCUGGCUUGGUGUCGGAAUUUGCCCGAUAUCACUCGCUGUUGCCGAUCACUCUCAUGGCUGUGACCGGCGCUCUCAACCUGACCGUCCUGCUGCCUUUGACAAUGGACGUUAUGAAGCAGCGACGUGGUCAAGUCAAGCGAGACGGAAAGGAGUGGUAUGCCGAGGGACCUCACUCAGAUGAGAUGAAGGUUUUGAACAAAAGGUUUGGCAUCCUUCACGGCAUCUCAUCCUUGUUGAACCUGGUCACUUUUGCCGCUGCUGUUGGAUACGGCUUCACUCUUGGCGGUCGCGUGCUGUCUGUUGCGGACCUUGCUUAA